AUGGCGUUGGUGAAAUGGGAGUUGGUACAGACCCCGAAGAAAUAUGGUGGGCUGGGAGUAGGGGAUGCUAUGAUUCGGAACUCAUCACUAUUGUUUAAGUGGUGGUGGCAUUUUGCUAAGGAAGAGUGCCCAUUGUGGAAGAAGGUGAUCUGCUCCUGUAAUAACUUGAGGCCGAAUGAGUUAUUGUCUUCUCAAGCGCUGCCUACUAGAGGAGGCCCAUGGAGGGAUAUAUGCCAUAUAGAAUUUCAGGAGCAACAUCUGCGUGAUAAGAUGAUCACAGGUCUGGCAAUGGAGAUUGGGGAUGGCCGAAAGACCCGGUUUUGGGAGGAUGUUUGGUUGCAGUGUGGUUCCUUGAAAGAUCGAUUUCCUAGGCUCUUCUCUAUUUCAAACCAAUGUGGGGCGGUAAUUGGGGAGUGUGGGUUUUGGGAUGGGUUAGAGUGGGUUUGGAAUCUCCAAUGGAGGAGGGAGCUCUUUCAAUGGGAGUUAGACCUUCUGAGUCAGUUAAAUGAGGCUUUGAGACCCGUGAGGCUAGCGAGUAACAGGGAGGAUAGAGUUGUGUGGAAAUAUGAUAAACUUGGUAUCUUUUCGACUAAUUCUUUUGUGCAGGUGCUACAAGAAGGAAUGUUAUCAGAGGAGGCAACCAGUUACAGCUUCACAAAGACCAUCUGGAAAGGUUUGGUUCCACCAAGGGUUGAGCUAUUUGCUUGGUUCGUCCUGGUCGGCAGGGUGAACACAAAAGAACGGCUAAGUCGGAUCGGGAUUAUUAGCCAAUAUGAUAAGAGCUGUGUUUUAUGUAAUAAGGAUGUUGAGCAGGUCCAUCACUUGUUUCUUGGCUGUGAUUUUGCUUGGCAGGUGUGGAGUGCAUGGUUAUCUAUGGCUGGCCGGCUAUGGGCUGUCCCGGGGUUAAUGAAGGACCAUUUCCUGAGUUGGACAGAUGAGCCACGAAGGAAAGAGGAUCGAAAGCAGCGAUUAAGGUGUUUCUGUGCGAUCAUUUGGCAUAUUUGGAUGGAGUGA